CGGCGGUGUACCGGCCAAAUGCCGCCUGCCAGCAACUUCCAUCCUCCUAGCUAAAAGCGGAAAACAGAGGCUCGGAACCGCUGCGUGGUUCUUGCUCUUCACUCGGCCGUUUUAAAGGGUGACCCUUUCCUGUCCCGGCCUGCGUGGCGUGGGCUUGUGGGUCUUUGAGACCCGAAAAGUGAGAGCGUUUUCGCACCCCAGGGGCUGCUCCUGGCGGCUCUGCGGCCGUCACCAUGCCACAGAACGAAUAUAUUGAAUUACACCGUAAACGCUAUGGAUACCGUUUGGAUUACCAUGAGAAAAAGAGAAAGAAGGAAAGUCGAGAGGCUCAUGAACGUUCAAAGAAGGCAAAGAAAAUGAUUGGUCUGAAGGCUAAGCUUUACCAUAAACAGCGUCAUGCUGAGAAAAUACAAAUGAAAAAGACUAUCAAGAUGCAUGAAAAGAGAAACACCAAACAAAAGAAUGAUGAAAAGACUCCACAGGGAGCAGUACCUGCCUAUCUGCUGGACAGAGAGGGACAAUCUCGAGCUAAAGUACUUUCCAAUAUGAUUAAACAGAAACGAAAAGAGAAGGCGGGAAAAUGGGAAGUCCCUCUGCCUAAAGUACGUGCCCAGGGAGAAACAGAAGUAUUAAAAGUUAUUCGAACAGGAAAGAGAAAGAAGAAGGCAUGGAAGAGGAUGGUUACUAAAGUGUGCUUUGUUGGAGAUGGCUUUACAAGAAAACCACCUAAAUAUGAAAGAUUCAUCAGGCCAAUGGGCUUGCGUUUCAAGAAAGCCCAUGUAACACAUCCUGAACUGAAAGCCACCUUUUGCCUACCAAUACUUGGUGUAAAGAAGAAUCCCUCAUCCCCACUGUAUACAACUUUGGGUGUUAUUACCAAAGGUACUGUCAUUGAAGUAAAUGUGAGUGAACUGGGCCUUGUGACGCAAGGAGGCAAAGUUAUUUGGGGAAAAUAUGCCCAGGUUACCAACAAUCCUGAAAAUGAUGGAUGUAUAAAUGCAGUCUUACUGAUUUGACAGCAACUUCAUAUAUAAUUAUUGAGGACUACACACCAAUUGAAAAAACUGCCAUUACUGUGAUGUUUCUGAAUACUACCAAACAGCCAUACAUGUCUACAAUGAAGAGAUUUAUUAAAUUGUAAACAUUAAAAUGGUCCAGUUUUAUAAA